UGAGUUUAAUAACUCACAAGUCUCAUGCAAACAUGAGAGAGAAUCUUAUCUGCUUAUUUUACAUUGGAUUUGGAUCCACACAGCAGACAAGAUAUGUCUCCUUCCCCCACCACUAUCAAAUCAUCUUUGCCCAGAGAUCAGCUCACCACACCGCUCUUCUUAAUUACUUCAUUAAAACACAAUCCCACUUCAAUUAUUUCUAAUGCUUUUCACUAUAUAUACACCACUGUUACUGUAGAUCAUCUAAAUAAAUUUACACAAUCAACGUUUACACCAAACUUGAGUAAUUUUCUUUUGUGGGGUUGCUUUGGUUAUAGCGAAGUAGAUCCAUUUUCUCUGCUCACAUGAAGUCUGAUCUUGUAGUUGUAUAUAGAAUUUUCAGUUGAAGACUGCAUGAGUCGUGUUGGGAGUUUUUAAGAAGUUGUUUGUUUGUUUGGGUUGCUUCUUCUUGUAGAAGUUUUUGAUUCUGUGGUUGCUGAUAGUGAAUUUCAAUAUCAGGGUCUAUGAGUUGGAGAUAUUUCGGAUUGGUCAGACAUGUACGGAAGGUUUGAUUGAAUUUAGAUUUAGGUUGGAUAUCUUUGAUACAAAGAGUAGCAUCGAAGUGGAGGCACAGCUUCAUAGGCUCGCUGUUUCAGACUUUAUUGGCUACAACUAAUUUUGACUGCCAAAGCUUUCUGGGGGAUUUUCAAUUUGGUAGUUUUGGCGUUUUUGGUGACGACCGGAUGAAUUUCUGGUGAUACAAGUAUGCAUCUUUUGGUCUUUUAGGAAAAUCUCAGGUUGCAAAGUUCCUCUUUUGGUUACUUUGUGUUCUUGAACUGAACAGGAUAAAGUUGUUGCGUUGAAGAUGUUACUAGUGAUUUCCUUGUUGAUAUUCACACUUCUGGACUGAAAGAAACACGUGUUGAAAUUACUGAGUGUUGCACGAUCUAGUACUUUUUUUUUUCAGUGGAAGAUCUGAGUCACUCAACAUGGAUAGCAAUAGGACCAUAGUAUGGUUUAGAAGGGACCUUAGGAUUGAGGACAAUCCUGCAUUAGCAGCUGCUGCAAGGGAUGGUAGUGUCUUUCCUCUCUAUAUAUGGUGCCCUAAAGAAGAAGGACAAUUCUACCCCGGUCGAGUAUCAAGGUGGUGGCUAAAGCAGUCUCUUUCCCACUUGGGGCAAUCCCUAAAAUCUCUUGGGGCUGAACUUGUGUUGAUCAAAACCCAGAGUACUCUUGCUGCUCUUUUGGAGUGUAUCAAUGCGGUAAAGGCGACAAAAGUAGUAUUCAACCAUCUUUACGAUCCUGUCUCGCUUGUUCGUGACCACAGCAUCAAAGAAAAACUAUUGGAGCUUGGAAUUUCAGUACAGAGCUAUAAUGGUGAUUUGUUGUAUGAACCUUGGGAAAUAUAUGAUGAAAGAGGGAAUGCUUUUACAACUUUUGAUGCCUAUUGGGACAAAUGUUUGCACAUGCAAACAGAACCUGUUUCAGUUCUUCCUCCAUGGCGUUUAGUGCCAGCGGCAGGAACAGUUGAGAAAUGUUCUGUUGAGGAGUUGGGUCUUGAAAAUGAAUCUGAAAAAUCCAGUAAUGCCUUAUUAGGAAGAGGAUGGUCUCCUGGUUGGAGCAAUGCUGACAAAGCUCUGACUGAGUUUGUUGAUCAGCACCUCCUCCACUAUUCAAAGAACAGGCAUAAGGUUGGAGGGAAUGCCACUUCUCUUUUGUCUCCAUAUCUUCAUUUUGGAGAGCUAAGUGUGAGGAAAGUUUUCCACUGUGUGCGAAUGAAGCAGAUACUAUGGACAAAAGAAGCGAACUUAGAAGGGAAAGACAGCGUGGUCCUUUUUCUUCGGGCCAUGGGGCUUAGGGAAUACUCCCGUUAUCUUUGUUUUAACUUUCCAUUCACUCAUGAGAGAUCAUUGUUGAGCAGUUUGAAAUAUUUUCCUUGGCAUGCUGACCUGGGCAAUUUUAAGGCUUGGAGACAGGGUCGGACUGGUUACCCAUUGGUGGAUGCUGGAAUGAGGGAGCUUUGGGCGACAGGUUGGAUACACAACAGAAUAAGAGUGAUUGUUUCAAGUUUUGCUGUGAAGUUUCUGCUUCUCCCGUGGAGAUGGGGAAUGAAAUAUUUCUGGGACACGCUUUUGGAUGCGGAUUUGGAAAGUGAUAUCCUUGGUUGGCAGUAUAUCUCUGGCAGCUUACCAGAUGGCCAUGAACUUGAACGAUUAGAUAACCCAGAGAUUCAAGGGUCCAAAUUUGACCCAGAAGGUGAGUAUGUGAGACACUGGCUGCCUGAGCUAGCUAGAAUGCCGACUGAAUGGAUCCAUCAUCCUUGGGACGCACCCGUUACUGUUCUUAAAGCUGCUGGGAUUGAGUUGGGAUUAAACUAUCCGAAACCCAUGAUAGACUUAGACUUAGCGAGAGAACGUUUAACCCAAGCAAUAUUCAAAAUGUGGGAAAUGGAAGCUGCAGCCAGGGCUACAAACUCAAGUGAGACAAAUGAAGUUGUUAUCGAUAAUUCUGAUUGUAUUCAAACUUCUGCCAUUCAAAAAGUUGCCACAAGGGAAAAGACUCCUUGUCCUACUAUUUCAUCUAAUGAUCAGAGGGUGCCCUCAUUUCAAAUUGGCAAGAAUAGUCCGCCUUGUAGGAAGAGACCAAAAGAUGUGGAAGAAGAAAGGCCAUACCAAAAUGAAAUGCCUAAUCACAACAAGAAAGCUGGGAACGCAAGAGCGGAUGAAGAUUUGUGCUCCACAGCUGAAUCUUCAGCAGCUAAGAAGCAGAGCACAAGCAACAUUUCUUUUUCUGUUCCCCAGUCUUGUUCUUCAUCAGAAGUCAAGCCUUCACCGGAGUAUGAGUCUUCUGAGCUCAAGCGACCAUGGCUAGCACAAAUUGACAUGGAACAGAGUUCAGGCAAAGGAGGUAAGUAAUCACAGUUACUUUGCCAUUUUAAAUUUUAGGUUUCCCAGAAUUUUCAAAUUCUUUAUCGUACAUGGGAAGCUGCAAAACUUGAGUCCAUUGGUCUUCUAGUGAUCCUACUACAUGACAUUAAGACUAACCAGAGGGCCUGGAAUCUCAUCAAAGGUAAGAUUUUCAACAUAUUCGACUCGUUUUGAUUCAAUGUAUGUAUGUAAAAUCUAAUGAAACCUAAAAUAGUUCAAAGAUGUAGAGAAGCGCUGUCUUGAUGUUUCCAAGUUUCAAAUUGAAAAGGAACUUUUUAUUGUAAAUAAGUGGAAAUUGGCUCAAUUGCAGCUGGAUUUUGCUGAAACCUCAUCCUACUAUAAAUAUAAUUACUCUAGAGAAUAACGAAGCGCCUU